AUGUGUGGAUAUGAAGGUGGAACUUUGAUGGAGAAGGAAAAGGUCAGUGAAGGCUUACAAAGAUAUGGAACUAGUUUAGUGACUCAUGUAGGAUCGGGCAUUACCAUCACGUGUGAACGUUUUUGCUACACAACAGUUUUUGUUGUAUGUUUUUUCAUCAUGUCGUCAUCCAAUGCGAUAAAUACAAAUAAUGCAAAUAAGAAUUACUUGAAACUAGCUCAGUUACACAAUUCUUCUCAUGAAUUUUAUUUAGAUGACAUGAAAAUGUUUCUCAACAAAGAUUUCGACAUUAACUAUGCACUGUCGUUUGAUAGCCAAGUACAGCAUGAAAAAGCCCAAAAGUGGUUAGGCUACACGGCCUUACACUUUGCCGUAGAUAUAAAGGCCAAAGAUCAUAAAUCCAUCAUAAAUUUGCUUUUAAAACACGGAGCUGAUUUCACUCGCAAAAACAACGAGGGUCUAACACCCUUGCACUUGCUUCUCAAAAAGUACCUUACCACUUCUGCAGUGCAUCGUGAUUCGUGCAAAACGCUAUUCAACCCGUUGCUGUUUGCUCACGUCAACUUCAACAAUGUCACAAAUCCUUGCUGUAGAAAUGAAAUAUCUCAUCUGCACAUAGCCAUCAUAGCUGAUAAUUUGCAAGUAACGAAAUUUUUCUUGGAUGCCGGUAUUUCCGUGAAUGAAACCAUCAGUGUCGACUCAAGCUCUUUUCCAGGAUACAGUUGCUUACAUUUGGCCAUGGCAAAUGAAAAUAAAGAAAUGGUUAAAAUGCUACUGAAAUACAAUGCAGAUCCCGUGUGCCUGAAUUCCGAUGGACUGAGUCCCCUACAUUUGGUUAUUAAAAAACAUCUGACUGACGUUACAUUGAUAGGAUGUAGAAAGAAACAAGAAAGUAAACUUUUCAACAAUGAAAAUAUAAUGGAUUUAUUGAUUGAAUCCUUGAAAAAAAAAAACUGCUUACCACGUUUCAUGGGCUUAACUGAGUUGCACGUAUAUUGUGCAAAGUAUCAAACUUGCAAGCCCGAGAUUUUGCAAAAAAUGCUAGACCAAAACAUUGACUUGAACGCUUCUGUAAAUGACGACUCUCCAAUUUGGCAGGGAUACACGCCGUUACAUUUUGCCGCCCAUUGCAAUCUGCAAACAGUGUUGUUGCUUGCAAAGAAGGGCGCAAAUCUUUUGGCCAAAAACAUGAAUGGCAUUACUCCGCUGGACAUAUGUCUCCAAAAAUAUUAUCUAGGUAAUACCAUUGACAUUUUAAAGACUCAAGACGAAUUCAAAUCAAUUGAAUUCAACGAUGGACAAAACUUGAUUGAUGUUCUCACUUAUUUUAAAAGUUUGGACAAAUUAUACAAGCAUUUGAGUGUUACCAACAACGUUAACAAUGCCAUUCCCAUGGAGUCACCUUUGUGGCCAGGUUACACGUUAUUGCACAUAGCUGUAAAGGUGUGUUCUACACAGGCUGAUGGCAAAGUAGUUCAAAUUUGUUUGAAACAUGGUGCGGACAUAACUAUUCAAGACGCCAAUAAAAUGACGGCACUUCACCUGGCACAUCAUUUGAAGCACAAGCAAUGCGCUUUAGAAAUUUUGUCUAGCCAUCAAGAUAUUUUAACCAAUCCAGUAGACCAAAACAACAUAUCUCACUUCCACGUAUCGAUAUCUGUGCCUGGGCAGUCGGAAUUGGGACAAAAGUUUUUAAAAAAUGGAGUUGAUUUAAAUGAGGUGGUAAAAAUGGACACUUUUUGGCAAUUCAUUCGAGGUACCAUUUCUAAACAAUAUGCAGUGAUACCCAAAGGCUCGACACUCCUUCACUUUGCAGUGGCUACGCUGUGUAGGUGGUUGGUCAGGUACUUGCUGGAAAAUAAUGCAAAUCCAUAUGUUCUCGAUGCCGAUGGUCUGACUUGGCUCCACCGAGCAUUCGACAACGAAAAUUUUAAGUGGCUGAGGUAUACCGUCUGGCAAAAAGAUAAAGCUCUUGAAUCGAAUCCAGUGGCUCCAGGUGGUUUAUCUCAUUUCCAUGUAGCUUGUCUCUGUGGAAAUAUAAAGUCUGUCAGGGCCCUGCUUCUAAUGACGCCCAACAUCAAUGAGCCAAUUACCAGUGAUCUAAUGAAGUGUAUCAAAAAACUUCCCGAGGACGUUUGCUUAGGGGACACUCCUUUGCAUUUGGCAGUUAAAGCUCAGUCUCAAAAUGUGAUCGAGUUCCUCUUGAAAGCCGGUGCAGAUCAAACGGCAAAAAAUGAUAAAGGACUAAACUCACUCCAAGUGGCUUUGGAAAUGAAGAGCUCCAAAGAUUGA